AUGGCACUCUCAGCUACCAUUAAGCACUGGCUUUUAGCUUCAGCACUAAUCUACAUCCUUGUAUUCGCCUGCGAAUCAGGGAAGGCAGAUGAAUAUCUGCCUGGAACUGGAGUUACAGGAGGAACUGGAGUUACAAGAGGAACUGGAGUUGGAGGUCUGCCUCAAACAGGAGCAUCAGGAUCAGGAGCAGGACGUCUCCCUCAAACCGGUGCGGCAGGGGGUGAUCCAGCUUCUAUUGUAACAGAAGCCCUGUUAUGUUUCAGUCAGAAGUAUAUUUACAGUAGCUGCAGUGAAGCCUAUAGAUUAACCGAGAGUGGAAAUCUCAACGUGCCACCUGAAUAUGUCGAUCAAUAUUGCAACGGGCAGUGCGUGACGGAGACACACCUUGUGCUCAACUGCUUAGAGAACAUAUUAUCUCACUUUGUAUUCUACAACAAGGCUACAAUAGUAGAUGUGAGAGAGACAAUCAAGGAAGGAUGUAGCCAUGGUCCUCAAAGAGGUGACUUCAAUGUAGCUGAGCAUAUUGAGGCUGAAAACAGCAGUUCACAUAAGGCUUCGAACCCCGUCUUAUUUUGGCUUGUCCUUAUAACUGUCGAGCUUAGUUUCUUCCUCUAACACACACACACACAAUUGAUGUCGAUUACUAUGGUUAAUGUGAUUUGGG